AUGAGAGGAACGACAAGAAAACCUGCACCAUUCUGGAUUCUCUGUGUAGUUCUGAUCACCAGGGCCAGAGGUGAUACUUCUUGCCCAGAAGGAGGUCAGAUCCACCUGGGAAGCCUGCACUGCUUUUGGCUCUCUGACAGAACCUCAUCAUGGUCUGAGGCACAAGGUUCCUGUCAAGCAACUUGGGGAGGGCAUCUGGCGUCAGUUCAAAAUGAGGAGGUGCAAUACUUCAUCCACAGUCGUUUUACCGAUAAACCCCCAGGAUGGAUAUGGCUAAAUGCAUCAUGGGUAAAAGAAUCUAACCCUUUGGGGCUUCCAGAACCACAAACAUCAUCGUGGUGGGGCAGAGAUGGAGCAAAUCAGGGGCUGUGCCCUCAAAUGGCCUUGGGGACCCCUGGGAGGUGGAGGAGGGCUCAGUGUGCUGAACAUUACCGCUUCAUGUGUGAAAACCAAGCGGCUGGUUUGUUGCCAUCUUUAGAUAAUUACCUGACUGGAUUGAUUGUCAUGACUGGGGUCUAUCCACACACCCCAAUCCAACCACUUCCCACAACACCAGAUAUUGGACAGCGCACAGUGGAGAUGAUGCUUUUCCCAGGCCUGUGGUUCAGCCAUGCAGGUCAGCUGGUAUCAGUAGAACUGGUGGUCCAGCCCAGCUCUGUGUCUUCUCUGGCCCGGGUUCAGAUCCUCCGACCUUACUGCAGUCCUGACCACCACCUGGUACCUCCAGGCUGCAGCUCUCUCCUGAAUGUGUUCAGCUGCUGCUCGGCUCUGCCCCUCUGCAACACCACAGGGGGCUGCAGCCUCGGCCACUACUGGUGUUCUCUACUGGAGACCUGUGUCCCUAACACCAGUCCAUGCAGUUCCUAUGAUACUGCAGUCAGGAGGCGGGGCUUCACUUCCCCUCCAAGAUACUCGGCGCUUCCUCCCUUUUACCACCUGGUGGCAGACAUGCCUCUGAGCGUAACCCCAAGCUCUGAGUUCAAAUCUUUAAAUAUUCUUCUGCCGGAGCGAGGCUUCAUGGUGUACCCAGACGAUGUCGUAGCUGUGCAGCACACCCUUGACUCGGGAAUGUUUCUGCACUGCCUUGAGGGCGACGCCUCAUCGAGCUCACCUUGGCACCAAAGCUUUGUGUCCCUCAGAGGGGCAGAGUGGGGAGGUUGGUGGGAGGGGGGCCUCACCUCCCUCCCUCCAGGAAGCAAGUGGGUGGACGGUGUGGUGUGCAAUCUGAGAAUCCUUUAUGAAGACAGACUUCACAGACCAACUGAACGUGGAGAUAUUUUGGACUCCAUACACGCAACUACAGCUUCUGUAGUCAGGCCCCUGACUGAAGGGCCCGUUUCAGAGUCAAACUUUAAAACUGACAUCGUACAUCCUCAUCCAGACGAAAACAACUACAUUCAUGUACAGACCAAUGUGCCAACAAUUAUUGUCGUCAAGGCUCUGUUUGGAGAGAAGGCCAGAAGCUCCUGGUCGGCUCCAGUUCUCCAAACUGAUGUCCCCUUUCGUCCAUCUUGCCCUGAAGAGGUGGCUCCGUUUGUGCCUGACUGUAAGAGAAAGUCCAAAGACUGCUGGUUUUCCUCCGUGACGCUUGUGUUGCCAUCAGCGGGCGUUCAGACACUCAACGUUAGUGUGGUGGAUGAAGACAGCUUUCAGAGUCUGAAUGUGAAGGUUCAAAGCUACGAGGCAGUGACGGGGCUCAGCGUGGAGCCACGUGGGUGCACCAGGACUCUUGUACAUAGGUCGCAGUUAUUUACAGCCAAAGUGCAAAGUGGUUUUCCAGUAGAUUUCACGUGGGUGAUUGACAGCUUGGAGAGUCCGGCGCACCACGUGGACUCUUACAGUGUAACGUUUGAGAAACCUGCAGAGCAUGAGCUCCAGAGCCUGCAGAUCUUCCUGACUGCUGACACAAAGACGCCGCUGACUCAACCGGACUUCCUGUUUGUCCCGGAGGUCGUGGCGGUGAACGUUUCUCACCUCUACACCGUCAGAGUCAAAGUGGAUGUUUCCCUCGCGCUCACCUUUAUAUGGCAUUUUGGGGAUGGCAGUGAAGGCACCAUUCACUCACAGUCUGCUCCAUGCCUCAACAAGGAAGGACUGGUGGAAAGACGAGAGAAGCAGGUCCAUGUUGAGGACUCGGUGAAUCACACUUACUCCACCCCAGGAAACUACACAUUGAAGGUUCAAGCUUCUGAUCAAUUUGCCAACACCAGCUCAUCCAUGACAAUCAGUGCUCACCGUCAGCUGACAAGCCUCCUAAUCCUCCCUUCUACUCUGACUCCACUUGUGAAGGAAGCCCUUCAUCUGGAAGCUUCUAUCAAACCAUCCACCGUUGGCAUCCUCUACACUUGGGACUUUGGGGAUGCUUCCAAAGUCGUCCAAGGUUUCAAUCAAAAAGUCAGCCACACCUUUGAAUCUGCAGGAGUUUAUAACAUCACUGUAUCUACCAGCAACACUGUUACUUCUCUUACUGCCUCACUUGUGAUGGUUGUUAUGGAAGAAAUCUCUGGAUUAACCAUCACGUACAGUGAGCCAAGUGAGGUAGGAUCGCCAGUGGACUUUAAAGCUACAGUGGCCUCUGGCACCUGUCCCAUUUGGGAUUUUGACUUUGGUGAUGAGUCUCUGCUAGAAAACACCACAGAUGGGUCCAUCUCCCACAUUUAUAAAUUUCCAGGAAUCUAUAGAGUUGGUGUGAAUGUUUCUAACUCUGUCAGCCAAGUUCAUCAGUCUGUCACUGUUGAAGUGCACAGUUUGAUGGUUAGUGCAGUUUUCCCAACAGAAUGUGUCAUAAGUGGAAAAGCCACAGAGCUAAGUGCUCAGGUGAAUGAAAAUAUGUCCACGCUGAGUUUCCGCUGGGACUUUGAGAGAGAGUCACCUUUGAUUGUAAUGACUGGACAAUCAACAGUCAUGCACGCAUUUCCAAGACAUGGGGUUUUUCACAUAAAUAUGACUAUGUUUAGUACCUUUACAACUGUAUCAUUUAGGACAAGUAUCUGUGUUGAAAGUCUAACUCAUGUUGAGUUGCAGAUAUUACAGGAUGUUGUGGCAAUUGGAGAAGAGGUGUGCGCUAGAGUGCUGGUUUCCCCCAAACAAACUACAGCUUAUCAAUUAAGGUGGUUUAAUAGGUCUCCUAGUCUUGUUGUUACUACAGAAAUUUCUCAGAAGUGCUUUGUCUUCAGAAGCGAAGGUGUUGAAGCGGUUUCUAUACAUGCAACAAACAGUAUCAGCAACAAAACUGCCAACGCUACCAUCACCAUUCAGAAACUGGUUAGUAAACUCCUUAUUGCAUGCGAUAGCCCCAGUGAAACACUCACAGUCAAUACAUCAACAUUAUUUUGGGUUGUGGGCUAUGUUGGCAGUGAUGUGUCAGUGCUGUGGGACUUUGGAGAUGGGUCUCCGGUGGAGAAGAAGCAAAAUGUGUCGCAUGUCUUUACCUCAAGUGGUAAAUUCACAGUCACCGCCAUGGCAUUUAACUUUGUCAGCCAGGACUCUGCAACCCUUACAGUCAAUGUUUUACUUCCUGUUUCAGAACUUUCACUUCACAUUGAUCAAUCGUAUGCUGAAGUAGGGCAAGAAGUUGUUUUUACAGCAGUUAGCAGUACUAUUAGCAGCUCUAACUACUAUUGGACAGUGGAAGGUAUUACUGCAACCGAAAAGGGGACAUUUCAGUUUCUCUUUCUGUCUUCCAAACCAGGAGUAUUUAAAGUGAAUGUAGUGGCAAAAAACUUAGUCAGUGAAAGGGAGGCAGCCAUCUUGAUUGAGGUUUUUGAGCGAAUAGAGGGUCUUCAGAUAGAAUGCCAAAACAUUACAAACAAUAAAUAUAUACCAACUCACAAAGAAAUUUUAUUUAGGGCUUCAAUUACCAAAGGCUCCAAUGUCACUUAUUACUGGGAUGCCAUGCAGAGUGGAGUAACCCAACAACUACAAGGUGAUGGAGAGCUUUUUCCUAUCACCGUUGAAUCCCCCGGCAGGGUUUCAGUUCAGGUUAAAGCUUCAAAUAUGUUAGGUGAGAUAGUUGCUAGUGUUUCUCUUGUGGCAGUAGAGUGUGUAAAAAAUGCUCACAUGGCAACACAAUCAAACAUUGUGGCACUGGGGAAAGCAAUAAAUCUAACUGUAUUUGUGGAUGAAGGUUCAGAUCUACAGUACCUUUGGUAUGUGGAUACAGAUUCUUCACCAUUGCUGACAUAUGUGCCUUUUUUACUCUACACAUUUACAAAUCUGGGAGAAAGCCUAGUCACAGUUUCAGUUCAAAAUGUUUUAAACCAGAGUAAUUACACCAAAAAGCUUUUGGUUCAAGCUGAAGUCCAAGAGGUAGGUUUUGAAAUAAACAGACAAAAACAUAAUUUUUUUGUCAAUGUAAGUACUUCUCUUUCCUUCCAUGGGUUUGCCUACAAAGGUAGUGACCUGCACUGGAACUGGAAGAUUCGAAGGGCCAAUAAAACUAUUUUAACCUCCACUAAUCCAUUAUUUACAUAUAUCUUUUCUGAUAUAGGCAUAUUUGAGGUGCAUAUAAACGUCUCCAAUGAGAUAAGUUGGCAAAAGGUUUGGCACAAUGUCACUGUUCAGGAACCAGUUGAAGGUCUUCAGUUGAACAUUAGCAAAACCUCUUUGUGCACUCAGGAACAGGUUGUGUUCAUUCCAACAAUAACCAAAGGGAAUAAUGUAAGUUUUUUUAUAAUGUUCCAAAACAAAGACUUAGUUCAAAUUUGGGACACCUUUGAAGACCUGUUUACCACAACAAGUCUUCCAGCUGGCCAACACCUGGUUACAGUGAAAGCGCUGAACCAGGUCAGCAGUGCCGAGACAUCCAGUAGCAUUGUUGUAACAGAGAUUAUCCAAGGUUUGCAUCUUGUUAACUGUUGCUUCGUUACGCUAGAGGCUCUGAAAGUUGUCACUCUCAAGGCAGACGUUCAAAGUGGCUUUCCAACAAACUAUACAUGGAAGUUUCAGUCACAAAGUGGUGGACCUGUGUGGCUUGUGGGACAAGAAAUUGUCUAUACACCAUCAGAGAGCGGUUUGAUGUCUGUUACUGUGCAUGCCAGUAAUGGAGUCUGCUCUCAGAAAAUAAAUUACACUCUAACAAUUGAGUGGCCUAUUAAAAAUGUCAAACUUAUCUGCCAUUCUCAGAAAAUAUUUGUUGGACAUGCUGUCAGGUUUUCUGCCUCAUUAAAUUAUGUAAGUAAUGCCAUAUAUAUUUGGGACUUUGGAGAUGCCACUGAAAUAAUAGUGACAAACUCAAGGGCUGUUAGUCAUAUCUAUUAUUAUAAGAAGAAAUAUGGUAUUUUGGUCAAAGCUCUCAACAAUGUUAGCCAUGUUUCUACACAGCUAGAAGUGGAAGUAGAGGAGCUUCAGUGUUCCAGCCCACAAGUCUCACUGGUUCAGAUUCAGCCUACCAUCUUUCGAUCCAGACCAGUUUUUUUUGAAGCAACUGUGGACAUAAACUGCUCCGCUUACAAAACCAUAUACCUGUGGGACAUUUUCAAGGUGCCAUGUUUUACCAAUGAAACUAAAGUCAGCCAAUGGAAUCAUGAGGAUGUGCAUUCACCUCUUCUUUUACUUCCAAAGAAUACUCUUGAUGUAGGAGACUAUUGCCUGGUAUUCACCGUAUCCUUUGAGGGAACUCCUAUACUUGUUCAACAGAAGACAAACAUUACAGUGGUUCACUCCCCGUUAGUAGCCAUCAUCAAGGGGGGGUCCCACAGACUGUGGUCUACUAUCAGUGACCUGGUCUUGGAUGGGUCUGAGUCUUAUGACCCUGAUGUGGAACUUGGAGUGGUUGAUAUUCUGCAGUAUCACUGGACCUGCCUAAUGAUGGUGACUAUGACUGAAGCUCCAGCACUUCCUGUGAUGGUAAAAUGUGUUUCCUGUUCAGUUAUGUCCUCCAUUCACCACAUAAGUUACAGCAGUACUGUUGUACUUGUUGGACAGUGUGGACUGCGUGAUGAUCAGGCUCAGUACAAAUGGAGUGCUGAAGACCAGAGUGGCCUGACUCUUGACCUCAAUGAUGCCACAACCUCUACAGGAAUAUAUUCCGCAAAGCUGGUGGUGCGUUCAAAGGUCUUGCAGCCAGGCCGUAGUUAUUCCUUUGUCCUGAAUGUAUCCCAGCCUGGCAACAGGUGGUGGGGGGUCGCCAGCUUGUCAGUAAAGACCAAUGGUGCACCACAAGACGGAGUAUGUGAGCUAAGUCCAGAAACACAAAUAAGGCUGCUAGAGACUGUUGUCACCUACAGUUGUUCAGGAUGGCGUGUUGAUGAAAGCGAGACUUCUCAGCUGAUUUAUACCUUCCAAGUUGCACCACUACAACCCUCCAGCCCGGUUUCCCCUGUGCUCACACUCUACAGAGGUACUCGCGCAACAUUCAGCUGUUUGGUCCCAAUGGGAAGUCCUGGGCAACAAGAAAACACCACAGUUAUUACAGUUACUGUGAUAAUAGAAAACCACCUUGGAGCAAAGGUCACAGCUCUAAACAGAACACUGAUAGUUGAGGAUUCACUGGAUGGCAAAGCUGACGAUCAGUGGGUCCGAAACAAGAGCCAGACAGAACUGUGGACCCUGGUCCAACACGCCAACCCUCAGGAGAUCAUUCCUUAUUCCAUUGCUCUCAUCAGCAAGCUCAAUCGAAUGAAGUUUGGAGGGUCUGAAGAGGAGCUCACCAACAGGAGAGAGAUCAGGGACAAUGUGACCCAGGCUCUUGUCUCUGUCCCUGUGUCCUCCCUACAGGAUGUUGACCAGCUCAGCUCAGCACUUGCACAAUCUACUGCAGUUCCCAGCGAGCUGUCUGAGAGCUGCCAUGAACGAGUUCUGGAAACUAUGGGACAGAUGAUCCAUGUGAUAGACCAGAAGACCAGGCCCACAGAUUUGCCAGCUUUAGAUUUAGGAAGGAACAUCCUCAGCAUUAUAGGCAGUACCAUAGCUGCUGUAUCUGAAUCAUGUGCUUCCAGCUCUUACCUCGCAAGCGCAGGACAUCCACAGGCGGUUUCUGUGGUCACAUCAGCGCUGAGCCAUGCUGGAGCCUUAAUGCGGGCUCUUAUGCGUUCACGGGUUCUGGACGGCACAGCUCUUUCGUUUUCCAACAGUUACAUCAAGACUCUUGGUUUCCUUGGAGACCCUUUGGACCUCCUUUGCUCUCACCUAUCUAAUCAGUCCAAUGGAAACCCAACUUCACAGUUUUCAUCAGCUGAAGGAUCUAAGAGCUCCUAUCUGUGUCCGUUUCUGAUCCCCGCCUCAUUCAGUGCUCACCUGAGGAGUCAGAGUUCUGAGGUGGUGCAGGUGUUGUUUGGUAUGGAUGGAGCACUGAAGUCCAAUCCUUUGUUGAGUGCAGCUGACCCUUCCAUCUCCACCUCUGUGGUUGCCAUGGAGCUCACCACUCCUCAAGGUCAACCCAUAUCCAUCCAGGACUUGGACCCAGAGCAAGCCAUCCGGGUCAGCCUGCUCAACAGGUCCCCCAUGACUCGGAGUGAUGAAGGUGUUAAUGGGGGAGUGGGUGAAGACAUGAAUGGAACAUGUCUCACAGUGAUGCUCCCUAACGAAGGACAGCUGAAUUUCACUGUUAGGGCUCCAGAUGACCUGCGUGAAGAUGCAGGUUUAUACAUCUCCUUCAGCUUCAGUCUGGCUCCAGGAGCCGCUCCGGUGAGUUUGGGGCAUGUCAAGAUAAAAGUGGCAUCUAAUGCAUCCCAGGACUGCCUUGUGAGAGAGUGGAUCCUCACGCUCUCUGCUGAGACCUCCUCCUCAGAGAAAGCUGUCUUUUUGUCCCCGCUCUCUUUGUGUCAGUACUAUGAUGUAAAAGGCAGGAGUUGGAGCAGCAAAGGUCUUCGAUCCCUGGAUGGCAGUACAUUACACACAACACUUUGUCUCACCAAGCACCUCACCAUGUUUGGGGCCAGUUUGUUUCUUCAUCCUGGGGCUGUUGUUCUGCUGCCAGCGGCAGAUGAACCCAUGCAGAACAUGAUAGUGGGGAUUGUGUGUGCUGUCCUGGUUGUGCUCCACCUGCUUUUGGGGCUUAUUGCACACAAACUGGACUACUUGGACAGUGUGAGGCUGAGCCAAGUCCCUCUGUGUGGUCGACCAGGACUGUACCAUUACAGAGUGCUGGUGAAGACUGGCAUGCGGCCUGGAGCAGGCACCACGGCACAUGUUGGCAUCAGUAUGUAUGGUGUGAGCAAGAGCGGUCCUCACCAUCUGCAAAGACAUGGAGCUUUUCAGCGCGGCAGCUUGGACCAGUUUCAGGUGGAGACAGAUGACAAGCUGGGGGAGAUUUGGAAAAUUCGCAUCUGGCACGACAAUACAGGUUUGGAGCCAUCGUGGUAUAUUCAGCAUGUGGUGGUCUGGGACCCUCAGACUGAUCACAUGUUCUUCUUUGUGUUGGAAGACUGGCUCUCUGUGGAGAAUCAGAGGAACAGCACAGUAGAGAGGGAAGUCCUGACCUCAUGUCCAGAGGAGCUCACUCGGUUUUGUCGAGUCCUCACCUCUCAGCUGAUAUUUGGAAUGGCAGAGGGAAACUUAUGGGUGUCACUGUGGGAACGACCUGCUCAUAGUUGUUUCACCAGGGGUCAGAGGGUUGCCUGUAGUGCCCUAGUGCUUCACCUUUACCUGGCACUGAGUACUUUGUGGUUUCGGGCUGUCUUAAUGGAAAAACACAGUGGGCCUGUGUCAGCCCAUCUGUUGGUAAAUGAAGAGACGAUUGCCAUGGGGAUUGUCAUUGCCUUGAUGGUGUUCCCGUUCCAGUGUUUCCUCUGUUUCUUGUUCAGAAAAGCUCAUAGUCAGGUUGCUUUAGACGUGUCAGCUACUCCCUCUCCAAUUUGUCAGUCUGUGGAAAUGGGAAAUUCUGGCUCCUCCAUCUGGUCUUUUCCAGAUUCUUCUGGUAUUUUCCAUGAAAGCAUAUCUAUUCUGGAAAGUAAGGCACUGGACUCUAGCAUCUUGGACUUCUGGACUGCUUCUGGCUUGGUCCCACAAACAGAGGGACGAGGUCAGGAGGGUGUGACAGCAUGGUCAUCACAAGAUAGCCUCCUCAGUUUGCCUGAAGACUCAGGCACCUCAAAGAUGACCCUAGCACUCAAUCUCUGCAAAGCCUCAUCUGCUCAAGGGCAUACUCACCAGCUGAAGAGGAAGAAGGCUGUGACGCAACUUCACUUAGCUUCACCCACAUCUCCCUUCUCUUCCUCUGCUCAUCUUUCUUCUAUGUGCUCACAUUCACCGACUGAAGAUAGUUUCCAUUUCAAUAACUCUUCUGUUCAGCCAAGUCAAAAUUCACAACAGCUUAGUCCCAAUCCAGCUAAGGUUCACCGAUCAACACUUCUGACUCUGUCUGAAGAGGAUCUUCUUAUGUCCAUAGCAGCAGUAGAGGACCCUUCAAAUGCAAUCAACAACAACUCAGACAGUGGCCGGGACUCUCCAAAGACCACGCCAUGUUCCACAGUCUUACCAAGCACCUCUUGGAGCAGCUGGUUAGAAGACCAGUGUUCUUCUGAAAUCCUAGAUGAAGCAGAAGUCAACCAACCAGACACUCAGGAUAACCCAUCACUGUUUGGGGAAGUGUUUUAUAAAUGCUCCUCAGUGGUGUCGAUGGAAAGCACCUCCCUACCAGAUCACUUACUUGAAUCCAUCUGCUCCUCCUCUACUACACGCAUAGGUGUAGCUCGAGGUCAACCCACCUGGUUCCUCCCUCCAUGGGUUCUGCGUGUUGUUCACCCCCUCAUUGCAUUACUUAUCGGUGCCUGCCUGGCAGUGGUGGGACUCUAUGGGAGUCUCUUCUCCAAAGCAGUGUUACUCAUGUGGCUGGUGUCUGUUCUCACUGCAUUUUUUACUUCUGUUCUUCUGCUGGAACCUCUCAAGGUAUGCGUGCAGGCCUUGAUCUGUACCGUGCUCUGGAGGCCUGUAGAUCCAGAGCUAGAGGAGCUGCUGGCUCAGGAGACCACCGUGGUCAGGACAUCAGGAGCAUCUAGUAGGAACAUUCGACCACCAUGUGGCUAUGGGCUGCUGCAGGCGAAGGAAGAGGCCCGAAAAAUACAAGCUCUGAGGUCACUAAUGAAGAAUUGUGCAUGCCAGCUGGUCUUUCUUCUGCUGGUCCUGAUAGUGAACUACCAGGACAGGUUAGAGCAAACCCAGGCUAGGCUGCUGGACUCCACCAUCAGGCAGCAUCUUCACACAACACCUGUGGGUUCCCCUAACCUCACCUCACUCAGCGACUGGUCAGAAGCAGAGCAGUGGAUCAAUCUGACUCUGGUGAAGUACCUCCACCAAACCCCCACGCUGCAGCUGGUAGGGCUGCCUCAGGUGCAGUUCACACGAACACCUGGUGCCCCGAAGACUCACCUGUUAGGGAACAGCAGCUCAACAAGCCACCAGCUGCUGGCUGACGUGCUCAUCUCAGACACAGACUGGACAGGGUAUAAAUCUCUUUCUAUAGACUUUACACAGCAACACAGAGCAUCUGGUUUGUUCAUGUGUGUGUCCAUACGACUAGAGCCGACUCAGACACAAGGCGUCUCCUCCUUCCUUUCCAUCCGUCCACUCCUCAUCCCCUCAUCCUUCUCAGGACUGGAUCUCCAUGUGGCUCUUACGAUUUUUCUCUUCAUCUCUGCUCUCUUGAUCAUGAUCGGGGAGUUGUGGGCUGUCUUUACUGAGCAUGCUCAGUAUAUCUGUCAGUGCAACCACUGGUUCCAGCUGCUCUUGGGCUUUUUGUUUUGUGCAACGGCUGUCCUGCAGCUCCGCUUCCUGUCUCUUGCUGCUGUGUGCGUUUAUGAGCGUCAUUUCAUGUCAUGUACCUUUCAGAUACAGUCCAAGCAGGAAAACGUCAUCAACUUCCAUGAAGCUGCCCUUCUGGCAGAAAGGUCCUCUGAGUGUGCUGCCAUCUUGCUCUUUCUGCUUGUUCUAAAACUUCUGGGACCCUUAAGGUUUGUGCGGAGGUGGGUGAUGAUAGGCAGAGUUUUGCAGAGAGCCCGGAGGGAACUGGGGGCCAUCGCUGUCCUGAUGCUGCUCCUCCUCCUGAUCUGCACUCACCUUGGAAACAUGCUUUUUUCCCAGUCAGUGGAAGGUUUCCUGACAAUGAAGCAAAGCAGAGUCUCAGUGAUAUCAAUAUUUUGCAACCAGAGGGUGCUCCAAAAGCUCUGCAAGCUCCACCCAGUCCUGGGACCUCUCUAUGGGCUACUUGUGUUUGGCAGCAGCUUUUGGCUCCUUGCUAGACUCUGUGGAGCAGUUCUCAUCUCUACAUAUAGGGUAAAGCAGGCUGAGCUGUUUCGUCUGACCAUGGACCCCCAGGACUAUGAAAUGGUGGAGUUUUUCAUCAAGAGACUCAAGCUGUGGAUGGGACUCACUAAGGCCAAACAGUUCAGGCACAGGGUGAAGUUUGAAGGCAUGGACGUCCCUUCUUCUAGAUCUUCACAGGAGUCUUGUUUCUCUAGUGUUUCCUCUAUCCUUCUAUCCUCUCGCUCUCCAUCUUCAUCACCCUCAGUUUCAUCCCCCCAUCUGCUGUCCUCGGUCCUCUCCAUAAGGUCUGAGGAAUUGCCACUUUCCAAGUCAAAGAUAGAAGCUCAGCCCUUCCUGGACAGCCUGGAACCUAUUGUCACUACCCUGCUAUCUCGUUUUGAUCGAGUCAACCAGUUAACGGAAGAAAUUUAUAAUCUGGAAAUUCAGCUAGAGGAAGCUCAAGACAGGAGAAAAAAUAAAACAAGUGACAGCGAGAAAAAAGAAACAAAACUUGGAGCAUUUGAAAAGCCAAAAGAAGCAGGAGAAGAAAGAGCAACGGGAGAAGUUAGAUGCAGAAAGAUUGGUCUUUUUUAUCCAAAAGCACGACUUUCAUGUCCGUCCUUCUAUCCCACUUCUUCCACUGCUGCUUCAUUGUGCAGUUUUCCCCGUGCACGUAAUUCCUACUCUGAAUGUGAAUCUGUACCAUUUCGGCCUGAGCAGUCCAGCUGCACAAGUUCUUUAGGUGUUACUAUACCCAUACCUGCAGCAAGUUACUGUACUGUAUCAGAUUCCACCAUCCAGUUUCCCAGAAGGAGAGCAUGGCAUUCUGGGAGCUCUCAUUCAGCUGAUGCUGCUCAGAGGGCCUCCCAGUCCUUAGGAGUGCCACCAAACGGUAGAGAAAAUUUAGCAUUCACAAAUGUCAGACCCGGAGGUGAAGCCCAGGAACAAGGGUAUAUCUGGAAAGGGCUUCCACUGAAGAGAAAGGCUUGGAUCUUUGAGGAACUAGAAACUGAAGAAGAUCCUGUUUUCACGCUAGAAGAAACUCAAUAUCUCAACCAAUAA